AUGGACUCUAAAGACCUGCAGCUUAUCGCAAACAAGAAGCACGACCUGCUCCACGCUGCGCAAGAAGCACGCAAGCUCUCAUACUCUCCGUACAGCAAGUUCCGCGUUGGCGCGGCCCUCUUCACCAAAUGGGGCGAGAUCAUCCUCGGCGCCAACUACGAGAACGCAUCCUACGGCGGCACUGUCUGUGCUGAACGCACCGCUCUCGCCAAAGCUCUCAUCCGAUCCAAUACUCUCGACGUUCAAGAACAGAAUACAGCACGCAAGAUUGAGCGAGGCGACAUUAUUGCUGUAGCGGUAGCAAGCGAUCUCGAGGGCAGUUGCAGUCCAUGCGGCAUCUGUCGACAGGUCAUUCGAGAACACUGCAGCUUGCAGGCUCGUGUGCUCAUGGUAGGGUGCAACUGGAACAAGGCAAAUGCACAGCAGGCUGUUCAAGGCACAGUGAAGGAUGAAGGCGGAAAGGAGCUGAACGAGCCCAAUGUUGAGGUCGUCACUCUGGAGUAUCUGCUGCCAAUGAGCUUUGGCCCUGAGGAUCUGGACAAGCCAAGACACUAA